GCCAAGAGUGGGCGUCUAGAUUCCUACACCAUGCCCCCGCUCGCGCAAUCCUCGCUCCCACGGAACCCUAACCAAGAAUCCGACUCCGCGCUAGACGAAUCGGACGGAAGGAAGACGAGAAGGCCCCGAGGCGAGCGGGGGAACAAAGAAGAAGAUGAAGGUCCGUGCGGCGGUGAAGCGCCUGUGCCGGUUCUGCAAGGUGGUGAAGCGUCGGGGAAUCGUCUUCGUCAAAUGCACGGCCAACGCCAAGCACAAGAAGCGCCAGGGCUUCUCCACCAUCGCCGAAGCAGCCGCUGUCUCGUGCGUUCACCUGCCUCCGCCGCCGCCCGCUAGCUGUUCCGCCUCCGCCGCAACUUUCGCAGAGGGUUCUCGACACUGAGGAAUUAGCCAUUGUAAACAGCACCUUUCGUAAGGC